AUGGACCUUCACAUGGCCUCAAAACUUAUUUACACAGCAACAUAUGAAGCGGAAAACCCAAUUGAAGUCUCGUUAAGAGAAGCUUUUCACCUUCUUGAACCCCAACUAAGACCCCCAUUUUCUUUAAAAGUCCCAACUCAACCAGAGUACUUAAACCUCAACCGGGCAAUUCUUUUUGGCAUUUUAUGUGAGUUGCAUUUCGCAAAAGUUCAUAUUAAGCACUUACAUGGCAUUGUUACUGAUGGGUAUACUUUUUUCACGAGUCUGCUUACCAAGGUUGUUAAUGAAUUGUACUCAAAACUAGUUGAUUCAGCCAAAAUUCAGUUGAUUUGGAUUACUAAAGAGCUGAUACAUGUUGCGGCGGUAGGAUUUGAUGCUUUGUUAGUGGCCCUUUUGAGGCAGAUUGUAGGUGGGGAUUUUAGUGAAGGGAAUUUGUGGUUGUGUCAAGAGUUGGUUAGUCUUUUCCUAUUCGAAUGGGAUUGCUUAUUAGAAGAAGAGCCGUUGGUUUUAGCUAGUGCUUUAUAUUUAUUUCUUCGAUUAUUGGCUGAUCAUUAUCGGAUAUCAGGUAACUCUAAAAUAGAAGCAUUGAAGCUAAUGGAGAUUAAUUUAUGUGUUCGAGUUUUCAGGGAGCAGUUCCAUUUGUGUUUGAAGAUUGGGAGGGAUCUUAUUAGGCUUUUACAAGACUUGGUUCAUAUACCUGAGUUUCGAGUAAUAUGGAAGGACUUGGUGUUAAAGCCCACGGAGUUUAGGACAAAUGGGUUUGUUGAUAUUUUGCAGCUUUAUCAGAAAAGGACCUCGAGUCGGUAUCUUUUACUUCGAAUAACUCCUGAAAUGGAAAAGCAAUUGCGGUUUUUGCUUACGCAUGUGAAGUUAGGAAGCCAAAAGCGGUACCAGGUUUGGUUUAUGAGGAAGAUUUUUUGUGUGCCCGAGAGAGAGACCCUUGUCAUCGACAUUGUUCGUUUUUUAUGUUGUGCACACCACCCACCUAAUGAGAUUAUCCAAUCGGAUGUCAUUCAGAGAUGGGCUGUCAUAGGUUGGUUAUUGAAAUCCUGUAAGAAGAAUUAUGUCCAAGCUAAUGUGAAGCUGGCUUUGUUUUAUGAUUGGCUUUUCUUUGAUGAAAGAGUGGAUAAUAUUAUGAACAUUGAGCCUGCAAUUCUAUUGAUGGCAAACUCUAUACCUAGAUACCUUGACAUGACUCACACUCUUCUUGAUUUUUUGUUCCUUCUAAUGGACAACUAUGAUGUUGAGAGGAAGGGCUUAGUCGUUCAAUGUGUAUCAUCAGCUUUUGGAGUACUAAUUAGAAAAGCCAACCCACCUCCUGUGUCAUACUGUGCAACCCUUGGAUUUGGGAUCUCCGACGGGUGGGGAAUCUCAAACUCCAUUAUAGGGCCAACACCAUUCAUCUGGAGAGGGCAGAGAUUUACAGCUUCGUGCUCGGGACAAGCAAUUGCUUUGACAAACAAGAUAACAACAACUUGUUCGACAGAAAAUACUGGUGCUCCAAAUUCGAUUGCAGUAACUGCAAGUGCAAAGCUAAGCCAAAUGACGAACAUUCUAUAG